AGGCGCCCGUUUGCCGUCCGACAACCUGAUUGACGAACAUCACCAACGCCCAGGAGCUGCCCAUAGGAAAUGCGCCGGGCGCUGGACAGACUCGGCGUUUCCGAUCGCUGAGCGCAGAGGCGACGGCGCAGUGCGACCCGACCCGCGGCGCACCGACCGACCGACCCAAGGCGCACCGACCCGACCCCCGGCGCACCGACCGACCGCGGCGCACCGACGCAUCGUCGCUCCCCUCACACUCCGCUCUCAUCUUCGCACGGUUUCCAGCCGCUCCUACUCUCCACAGCCACCCUUUCUUGUCUCCCCCACCCUUUUCGUCCAUCUGUUCCCCCGUCCACCUUCCUUCUUAUAAGCCAUCAUUCAACUGGGAAAAUGGCAACGCGGAUCGACAAAGAAGCUUGCAGGGAGGCGUACAACCUCGUCAGGGAUGAUAACACGGAGAUUAACUGGGCUUCUUUCAAGUACGAAGGCUCCAUGAUUGUUCCUGGGGGGCAGGGGAGGGAAUAUGAAGAAUUUAAGCGCCAGUGUACAGAUGAUGUACGUCUCUUUGGCUUCAUACGCAUCAGGACGGGAGACUCCAUGAGCAAGCGUGUAAAGUUCACGCUCAUCACCUGGAUCGGUGAGAACAUCAGCGGCCUGCAGAGGGCAAAGAUCAGCACCGACAAGGCACUGGUGAAGGACAUUGUGCAGAACUUUGCCAAGGAGUUUAUGAUCAGUGACAUACGCGAGCUGGAAGAGGACUACAUCCGCAACGAGCUCAAGAAGGCGGGCGGAGCCAACUACGAUGCCCAGGCGGAGUAGAGUGAAGGGUGCCAGGGCAGGGCAGGGUUUGGGUUAGGGUUUGGGUUAGGGUUAGGGUUUGGGUUAGGGUUUGGGUUAGGGUAAGGCAGGGCAUGGCAGGUAGAGGAAGCUGCUCACCUAAAGUGGGGGGUCUGUUUGGACCAGAGGGGUUCAGGGGUGGAACUAGAAGCCCCCUUUCCCAAAGCACAUUGAAGACCAUCUAGCCUUGCUGGCCUGUGCGUAAUGUCACACCGUUUAACCGUAGGAUUAAAACUAGGCCAGGAGUAUCUUUUAGUGACCUCUGGUUCCUGAUUGGAACCCCCCCCCCCAUUUUAAACACUCAAAACUGUGAAGCUGCUCCCCUUAUCAGUGGAGUAAGUACUGGUCCCCCUGUCAUACACUGUUACCCCUCUGCCCCUCAGGUCCAUCUGCAGAUUCUCUGUUCACUGCCUCAGUCGCCCCCCAAAGAAGGUGUGGUUUAACCCUUCUUUCCAUUUCACCCACACCUGCACGCCCCAGCUCUCGGGGCCGGCCGACUGUCUCUUACUCCACUCCUGAGGCAGUCUGACUGUAGUUUAGCUUUUAUUUCAUUCAUUUUGGUCUAGAAUAUGAAGAACCGUUUGCAUUUUUCUUGGUCCCUAUGAGAGUGCAUUUUUUUUAGGAACUAAAAACUAGCGAGAGAUGACUAUAAUAACAGCACCAUUUGUCACAGAUCAGUCAUUUCAGAAUAAAUUUCAUUUUUCAAAA